GGUUUGGCCCGAUCCGGUCCGGUCCGGAGAAUCCUGCAAAAUGGGUCUAACCAAGAUUAUGAUGUUGUCGAAUAAAAUUCAGUCUAAUCGGGGGAUUUCAGAAAGCAUUAUUGGCAUUUGGCAAUGGAAGAACAGUGCUGCUUGAUCAAGAGAGAUGUCACAGAGCUGAUAGGUAACACUCCAAUGGUGUAUCUGAACAGCGUCACUGACGGAUGCGUGGCUCGUGUCGCCGCCAAGCUCGAGAUGAUGGAGCCUUGCUCCAGCGUCAAAGACCGAAUCGCGUAUAGUAUGAUCAAAGAUGCAGAAGAGAAGGGUUUGAUCACGCCAGGCAAGAGCACAUUGAUUGAAGCUACGGCGGGAAACACAGGGAUAGGGUUAGCCUGCAUUGGGGCAGCGAAGGGAUACAAAGUCAGUCUAACGAUGAGAUCAGUGAUGAGUCUCGAAAGGAAAAUCAUUCUUCGAGCAUUUGGUGCAGAAGUUCAUCUCACCGACCCGGAGAAAGGCACCGAGGGAUUGUUAGAGAAGGCUCAAGAGCUAAUCAGCGACACACCCGACAGCUUCAUGGUCGGACAGUUCACGAAUCCAGCAAAUCCAGAUAUUCAUUACCGAACGACGGGGCCCGAGAUUUGGAGAGAUUCUGCCGGAAAAGUUGAUAUCUUUGUGGCGGGUGUCGGAACUGGAGGAACCGUUACUGGUGCCGGGAAGUUCCUCAAAGCGAUGAACAAAGACAUUAAGAUUUGUGCAGUAGAACCUGCAGAAUCUCCAUUACUCAGCGGAGGGAGAUCGGGGCAUCAUCUGAUUCAAGGCAUUGGAGCCGGUAUCAUACCAGAUGUUCUUGAUGUCGGCAUCCUAGAUGAAAUUAUUCAAGUAACUGGCGAGGAAGCCAUUGAAACAGCUCGACUUCUCGCCUUGAAGGAAGGAUUACUGGUUGGAAUAUCAUCUGGUGCUGCUGCAACGGCUGCGAUAAAGAUCGGAAAGCGUCCGGAAAAUGCCGGAAAACUCAUCGUGGUGGUUUUUCCAAGCGGUGGAGAACGUUAUUUAUCGACUAAGUUAUUUGAAUCAAUCAAAGAAGAAGCAGAGAAAUUGCCGAUUGAAUGAGAAGCCAUUUGGCUUUACCCGUUUUGGUUUGGUAUGGUCAUACCCAUAACCAAGAAUCCGGUUUGGUAUGGUACGGUCACAAAUAAGAGUAUAUGCAUGAUGUAUCUCAUUUUGAACAUUUUGUUCAUGAUGAUGUAUCACGUAUCUCCCCCAAAUAACACACCCAGUUGACUUACAAUAACGCAUUCUUCUCAUUUUUUG